GUAUUCCAAGCCCAAGAUGAAGGCCAGUCCCGAAUCCCUCUUCGGCUCCUCGUCGCCAUCCGGCAGCGAAGGGUCUCUCUCUCCCAUCGCAGUCAGUCGCGGCUUCCUCUAGCCCUCCUCACUGGUGACGCCAAGACCGGAUCCACGCCGUGGGAGGUGUCCACCGUCGGCAACCUGAGGAGCCUCGCCACCUCGAGCCUCAACUCGCUCAAGCGUAGCCUCGACGCGCUCCACGGCCACUCCGCCCGUGACCUCGAGGCCUCCCACUUCCGAAUCUCCAAGCGCAUCAAGAUGCAGAUGCAGAGCUCCCUGGAGCUGGCGGAGAAGGAGCAUAGGAAGAUGUUCGAGAAGAUCACCGAGCGUGCUGAGGAGAUGAAAGUAAAUUACAAGAAGUUGAUGACAGAGGUGCAGUUGUCUUCAUCUCGAGUUUGCAAGGUGACCUUACCUGAGAUGGCAAAGUCCGUAGCCAGAGUUAUUGAUGGCUUGCGCAGUCGCUACAACAUCCCACCUACGCGAGUUUAGCAUAGCUCUCUUAGUUGGUAAUCACUUCUCUUGUCAUCAACUUGACAUAUGAGUUGCUCAUGUUCAGUAAAUUUUCAUGAACGUAUGAGUGUUUGUCCAUAAAAAUUGGCAGGUGUAGUAUGUAUCUACCAGGGAUAGUAAUUAUUCUUGGUUACAGGAUACCAAAGUGUUGUGGUUCAUUGGGUCCAUCUCCUCCUUCGCCAUCUACUAUGGCACCUGCGUGCUCUCCGAGUCAAUGCUCUCCGCCCAUUCGUGCCAUCUUCGUCGGUUGCUCCUGUCCUGCACAAGGUCAUGCACAACAUGUGCCUUGCCGGAUGCCUUCGAUGCCCCACUCUUGAUCAGGUUUGUCAUGCAGCACCUGAUCGAUGCACCAAACUACAAAAGGGCUCAGUGGUGGACUGAUGGGGAGGAUGCAUCGAUGCGGAUUGCAGAAGGUCAUUACAAAGGAAUUCUAGGGGAAUCGUACCAAGGAUCCUGCACAAUGCGAGCCUUGCUAUUGUAUGCCUUCGAGACAUCGAGGCUACAGUAAAGAUGGAGUUAUUUCUUUCAGGAAGGUAACCUCUUGUUUUGGGUACUGCAGUUUUCUUGAAGCUACCUAGCUAGGUAUAAUGAAGAUGAUGGGUUCGCUUCAGCAUAAUUUCCGUUUCAGUUAUUGAGUUCUUUGAAGGCUACAACAAUUAUAAUAUGAACCAGUUGUGAAUCUCUCAUUUGUUUUGAUUAGUUCUAAGUUGUUCUGUGGCAUACAAUUUCAGACUGGGUGGUCUUGAAGUAACGUUACACACAUUACUUCUAUUAGGUGUAUGCAUGCUUGUGCGUGUGAUUACAAUGGAAGUGCACAUACAUGAAUUUUUUAGUGGUCCCCACUAACUGAAAGCAUAUUGUUGGAGUAAAAGCUCUCCACUACAGUUCCAUCCAUAAGAAAAUAACAAACAUGCAAAUAUUCAAGAACUUAUGGUGUCAUUCCUUGCUACUGAUCAGAAAAAAAUCUCACAAUUAUAGAGUAUUUUCAAGCAUACCAAAUUAUAUGGUUGUGUACAUUGAGACCACAUAAACCAUAUAUGAUGGAUUU